GUUGACGCGGCUGAUAAGCGAGUGCGGCCAAUGGGAGCGCAGCAGGGCGGAGAGCAGCGGCAGAUUGUACUACAGUGGAGAACUGCCGCCAACAGUAGACGCGUAUCCCGCGCUGUCUGUCGCUAUUCAGCAUCUUCUGGUUAAUGGAUUAUACAGUUUCCCUCCAAGUGCAACAUCAGCUGGCGGUGUUCCCGACACACUUCUGCCAGGGCUACAGUGUGGAGUUACAGAUGAAGUCAACAGAGGUGGACCAAGGGCUUUUCACAGACAGCUACUGCAAAGUGUGCAGCGCUCAGCUCAUCUCCGAAUCCCAGAGGGUUGCCCAUUAUGAGAGUCGGAAACACGCCAACAAAGUCCGGCUGUAUUACAUGCUACAUCCUGUGGAUGGAGGCUGCCCUGCCAAGAAGCUCAGAACAGACAAUGGCAGCGACAAGGGCGACGUGGACAAGAAUAAGUGCUGCACGCUGUGUAACAUGUCCUUCACCUCAGCAGUGGUGGCACAGUCACAUUACCAGGGUAAAAUCCACGCCAAGAGGCUAAAACUGCUGCUGGGGGAGCAGCCUGCCAUCACAACCAAAGAGGCAUCACCGAGUCCUGUAAAGAGCUCCCCAGAAACGUCUCCAAUGACCUCCCCGCGACAGCGCCGCGACUCUGACCGCUACUGCCAGCUAUGCAACGCCUGGUUCAACAACCCAGGCAUGGCUCAGCAACAUUAUGAUGGCAAAAAGCACAAGAAGAAUGCUGCUAGAGCAGACCUGUUGGAGCAGCUGGGCAAGACCCUGGACAUGGGAGAGAUGAAAGGUCUUAAACGGAGCUAUACCUGUGAAGUCUGUAGCGUCACACUGAACUCGGUGGCACAGUAUCAUGCACAUCUGCAGGGCUCAAAGCACCAAAACAAUCUGAAGAAUCAAAUAUGUGUCCAGUGAGCGUGGGCCGAAGAUAAAAAAACAACUAUUGGAUUGAUGUCAGACAAGCUGUGGUCAGCUUGCCCUGCUUUUUCUGCCUCUGCCCUGCUUCUGCUCUCCUCCACAUCAUUUCAAUCUCUCUCUCUCUCUCGCAGCCACCCUGGCGAGGAGGAAAAUAAAGAGAUUUUUUUUGUAACACUAGCACUGCAUCAACACUCUCACCUGUCGGUAUACAGUACAGUUUAAACAGUUUCUCCAUCAUUGACCUUUGACAUUCCACUGCAGCUGUGUUUUUAUCCACUGUCAGUCUGAGAGCAUUAAAGUGGAUCUUUCUAACAAUGCACCGGAUGCUAAGUAUGAGAAUAUAAGGGUUGUUUUUAACUCUUUUUGUUUGCUUUUACUUGAAUGAAACAGAGCAUAUUUAUUUGAAAUCAAAGGAAAAUAUAUACAUUAUUUAGCAUUGUGGGCUUUAUCUAUAACUCAAUCACUCUCUUUGCCCUCAGAUUCUGUAUGGUACACAGUGCAACUCAACUCUAACGCUUUUAUUGCAUACAUGCUUGCAGUGGAGCUAAAUCCCCUUUGUGUCUUAAAGGGGUUGAUGGCAAUAAUGACACCGGUCAGACUCUUAAUAUAUGUUGUAAUGGUAUUAUCUUCUACGGGCUUGACUUCUGUCUAUGACUCUUGUCGAAAUAAGGAACAGACGAUAAUUUUUAAAGCUUUUAAAGGAUAAUUCUGAUAAUUCCGUUGUAUAGAGCAAAAAUCACAGUAUCACAUUUGUUUCCGUAGAUUUAGCCAACAUUCUUAUCAGUAAUAAUAACAUUGCACCCACCCGGUUAUUGCUGAGAUAUGGCAAGGCAAGAAACACGAGCAGUGCUUACCUCUGAUUGUAUAUCUCCAAGUAAACUGGUUUAGAUCAUUUUUAAACUGCUGGCUUGUUUACAACCUGACUUAUUGUUUUGUUGUAGCGAUUGCUCCCAGAUCUCAGAAAUUACUUUGUUGGGGACAUUGUUACCAAACACAAAUUAUGCCUAAUGCUAAAAGAAAAUGAUACU